GUUGCUUACUGACUAAACUGGCUGCCGCUUGUCAUGGUCUUGGGCUUCACCAAGCCACGGACGACUGGCAUCCCCCUCUUCUAUCCCCAGGGCAGACGUCAUCCUUACUGAUUGCAGGAGGGAGUACCAAACUGUCAGCGUCUAUCAGGAUAAGCAGAAUGGACUUAAACGCAGUUCCUAACUUUACAUGAAGAGACCGAGAAGUGGACUGACGGUUGCGCCGUCUGGCCGGUCCUGGAACCCCCUCCAGGGCAACACAGGCAACAGACUGUGGUGCACGGCCUCCUCGGGUCGGUUCCACCCAUCAGCUGGGUCUGGCCCCGCCUUUUCCGGGUUACGGAGAACGCCCUGACGCCACAUCCGGUCCGGCCCCCAACCCGGAAGCGGUGCCCUGGGUCACUCCUCCCGCCGGGCGACUGGUUAUUGGGCUCACUGUGCAACUGCUGCGCGGCUAGGAAUCCUCCGAUGCAUGGACGGCACGUGUGAGGGAAGGCCCGCUGAGGAUGGGAGCGACGAGGACCCCGACUCCACGGAAGCCCCAGCUCGGAUCCGGGACACUCCGGAAGACAUCGUGCUGGAAGCUCCGGCCAGUGGGUUAGCGUUUCACCCGGCCCGCGAUCUCCUGGCAGCGGGGGACGUGGACGGGGAUGUGUUCGUCUUUUCCUACUCCUGCCAAGAGGGAGAAACCAAGGAGCUCUGGUCCUCAGGUCACCACCUCAAGUCCUGCCGAGCCGUUGUCUUCUCUGAAGAUGGGCAGAAACUUGUUACUGUCUCCAAGGACAAAGCCAUCCACAUUCUAGAUGUGGAGCAGGGCCGACUGGAAAGACGCAUUUCCAAGGCUCAUGGUGCCCCCAUCAACAGCCUGCUGCUGGUGGAUGAGAAUGUUCUGGCCACUGGGGAUGACACAGGUGGCAUCCGCCUAUGGGACCAGCGGAAGGAGGGCCCCUUAAUGGAUAUGCGGCAGCAUGAGGAGUAUAUCGCUGACAUGGCUCUGGACCCAGCCAAGAAGCUGCUGCUGACAGCCAGUGGGGAUGGUUGCCUUGGUGUCUUCAACAUCAAGCGACGCCGGUUCGAGUUGCUCUCAGAGCCACAGUCUGGAGACCUGACCUCUGUCACACUCAUGAAAUGUGGGAAGAAGGUGGCCUGUGGCUCCAGCGAAGGCACCAUCUACCUAUUCAACUGGAAUGGUUUUGGGGCCACAAGUGACCGCUUUGCCUUGAGAGCUGAGUCCAUCGACUGUAUGGUUCCGGUGACUGAGAGUCUGCUGUGUACCGGCUCUACUGAUGGAAUCAUCAGGGCUGUCAAUAUCCUGCCAAACCGAGUGGUAGGCAGUGUGGGCCAGCAUGCCGGGGAGCCUGUGGAGAAGCUGGCCCUCUCCCACUGUGGCCGCUUCCUGGCCAGCAGUGGCCAUGACCAGCGUCUCAAGUUUUGGGACAUGGCCCAGCUGCGGGCUGUGGUGGUGGAUGACUACCGUCGCCGCAAAAAAAAGGGAGGGCCGCUUCGAGCACUGAGCAGCAAGGCCUGGAGCACUGAUGACUUCUUUGCAGGACUGAGGGAGGAGGGAGUGGACUCCACAGUUCGGGAGGAAGAGAAGGAGAGUGAGGACGACAGUGACUGAGGGGAUGACCGAACCUCAGGAUUGGUUCUCAGUGGGCAAGAGUCUUACUUCCUGGGCUGGAUUCCCCAGAGAGGCUGGGAAUUUAAAAUACCCUAUUGUGCAUUAAAGAUGCACAGAGGGUCAGGACUCAGCAACAGAUGUGGGGAAGUACUUGCCCUGUAGUAGCUGUUCACUCCACCAGUGUUGAGAUAAACCCACAGCUGGGGUAAGACAGCACGGACACAGGUGUACACCAACCAGGGGUUUAAUAUAAAUACAACCAGCAUAGAAAAAGUCAAAACUACACAUACACCAAAACCAGAAUGCCAAGUGGUGGGGGCAAAGGCACAUUUCUGACCUUUUGGCUUAGCCAGCCUUCAAAUAAAAACAUCAACAAAGACAAA